AUGUCAACAACUGAAUUCUGGACUUCCCAUGAGUGCCUGCUAUUACCUUAUGAGCAAUCGCUCACUAGGAAGGAUUCAACUUCUGGUCUCCAUUAUGGUUGCUCGGCUCACAUGCUAUGGGUUGGCAAACGCACCAGGCAACUAGAUGGUGGGCAUGUUGAUUUUUUGAGAGGAGUUGCUAAUCCCCUCGGCAUAAAGCUAUCCAUCUUUCUUAUACAAGAAAAGGGGACAAUCAUUUUGAUUGUGAUGGAUUUGAUGUCAACUCAACUGGCACAUAUGUGUUCCUUCUCUAGUCAAGCUUUGGAGAAGAUGGAUCCGAAUGAACUUGUUAAUCUGAUUGAGAUCCUGAAUCCCAUUAACAGGCCUGGAAGAAUAACAAUCAUAGUCCGAAUGUGUGCUGAGAGCAUAAGAGUCAAGCUUCCACAUUUGAUCAGGCCCGUUUGCAGAGCAGGACAAAUUGUAACUUGGCAUCCCAAGUGGAUACACAAACCCGAAAUCCUGAUUAAUGGGAUAGCACAUGGAUGGACAAAGAAAUUUGUUUUUAACGUGCAAACACGUGUUUGUGUUUAA